UGGCCCCACUGCAGCCUGCCCGCCGCACCGCCAUGGGCUCGCUCGGCGCCGGCUCCGCGGCGGCCUCGGCCGGCCGCCUGCUCUGCGCGCCCGUCCCGCGGGGGCUGAGCGGCCGCGGCCCCCCGCGCCUGGGCGGCCGGCGGCGGGAGAGCCCCGGGGGGCUGGCGGGCGCCCGGCUGGAGCUGGCCGGGGCCGGGGCGGUGCCCGCCCCCGUGGUGCGGCGGGACAUCCAGGCCUUUCUCCAGGAGUGCGGCGGCGGCCCCGGCGAGGCGGGCCACUGGCUGGCCAAGUUCCAGGCGCUCGGCCAGGCCGGCGGCCGCCCCUUCGCCGUCAUCGAGGUGGACGAAGCCGUCUCCCGCUGCAAGGAGACCGUGACCAGCCUGGCCUUCAGCUUGGCCUUCCUGCAGCGCAUGGACAUGAAGCCCCUGCUGGUGCUGGGGCUGCCGUCCCGGAGCUCCCUGAGCGACACCCUCACCUUCCGGGAUACCAAGGCGCUGCUGACCCAGAACUGCAAGGCCCUGACGGACGCCCUGCGCCAGAACUCCGCUGCGACGAUGCCCUUCUUCGGGGCCGGCGCCAUCCUAGGAGCGGAGCAGAUGGCCGCCCACUCCAGCGGGAUCUCCGUGGACAGCGACCUGCUGCAGUGGUGUCUGGAGAUGGGGAACAUCCCCAUCAUCUGCCCCGUCGGGGAGACCCGCAGCCGCCAGUGCCUGCUGCUGGACUCCGUCGAGGUCACCGCCGCCGUCUCCAGGGCACUGCUGCCCACUAAGAUCAUCUUCCUGAACAUGACCGGGGGGAUCAGGAACUCGGUGCAGAAGGUGCUGGGGAACGUGAACCUGCCUGCCGACCUGGACCUAAUGACCAAAGCCCAGUGGGUGGGCCACAAGGAGCAGCAGCAGGUCAGGCUGAUCGUCGACCUGCUGAGCCGCUUGCCCUACGAGGCUUCCGCCGUCAUCACCUCUGCCGGCACGCUGCUCUCCGAGAUCUUCAGCAACAAAGGCUCGGGGACCCUGUUCAGGAACGCCGAGCGUAUGCUGCGGGCCGAGAGGCUGGAGGAGCUGGACCAGCAGCACCUGGUCUCCUUGAUCAACACGUCCUUCGGGAAGACCCUCCGAGGGGACUAUCUGGCUUCCAUACGGCCCAGGCUGCACUCGAUCUACUUCUCAGAGGGCUACAACGCAGCAGCCAUCAUCACGAAGGAACCCGUCCUGGGCGGCAUGCCGUACUUGGACAAGUUUGUGGUCAGCUCCACCAAGAAAAGCCAAGGCUCUGGCCAGAUGCUGUGGGAGUGCAUACGGCAGGACCUCAGGACCCUCUUCUGGAGGUCUCGCGUCACCAACCCCAUUAACCCCUGGUAUUUUAAGCACAGUGAUGGAAGCUUUACCAACCACCAGUGGAUCUUCUUCUGGUUUGGACUGUCCGACAUCCGGGAUUCCUACGAGCUGGUGAACCACGCAAAAUCCAUUCCAGACUCAUUUUGCAAACCCUAGGGCAAUCUUACUAGGUCAGAGUAAGUGCGGAGCAAGUCGGGCUUGGGAGGAGUCAGGCUUUUGUACAUCAAGACUGGAUAAGAAGAAACAGCUCAGAAUGGCCAGCCAUGCAUGGAGCUGCAUGCACCUUCCCAGAGAAAUAAUUGGCACGAAGAACCCUCUUGGCCAAUUCAGCACCCAGCUUUUCCCUAAUAAGUGCUAGUGAAGCCUGUGUGUGCAGACUGUUGCCAAGAGAAGUUAGAGCAAGGGGAUCAGGACUCUUGGGUUCAAGUCUCAUCUCUGCCACUGACUCACUGUGGGACCUUGGCAAAGUCACUUCCCCUCUCUGUGUCUCACCUUCCCGACCUAUAAAAUGGGACCGACAAGGCUCCAUUAAUGAACGUGUAAAAAGAGCAGCAACAUUUUUCCUUACAAUCCUGUGGAACAGCAAGUAGGAGUCACACACAAGCUUGUAUUUAUAGGAGCCAACAGCCUGGGUGUGGAGUUUUACAUACAAUGUGUACAGCAGAAAACAGACAACAAGAGUAGCUGGAAAGCA